GAUAAUGUGAUUAUGACAGGUGGGAAAUAUGAUCAUAGCAUUAGAAGAGUGGUCCAUGGUCUGCGAGAGAAACCCAGUAAGGUGGAGAAGUUCCAGUCCCCUGAAACAAAAAAGAAGAAAAAAGGGAAAGGAAAACAUGAAGAAAAACAAAAGCAUGGACUCCACAGGAAAGAAUGUAUUGCUGCUGUUAAGAUUGAAAGUAAUGGUCAGAAGAAUUCAGUCGCUGCUACUGAGGAAAGUCAGAAUCAUUCUAUGAAUGAGAUGCGUUUUUGCAUUGGUACACUUGUAUGGGGUAAAAUAAAAGGUUUUCCAUGGUGGCCAGCAGUUGUAAUAUCACAUAUUGAAGUAGAGAAACCGCCACCACAGCUUAUAGAUCAGAGAUGGGUUAGAUGGUAUGGUGACCUCAAGCACUCACUGGUUUCUUUGGACAAGUUACAGCCAUUUCAUGAAUUCAAACCAUAUUAUAAUGAUGUUAUCUUUAAACAGCAGCAAAGUUAUCGCAAAGGUGUUUAUCAGGCAUUAACAAUGGCUGCUAAGAGAGCUGAAAGACCUGUAGUUACUCCUGAUAUUGCACCUACUAGUGAUGUAACACCACUAAAAACACCACGAGGCAUGCCUAUUGAAAUGGUGACAUUGUGUUUGGAUUUGGUAAACUGGGCCAUGGAAGGUUUUCUUCCUAAUGGUCCAGGUGCAAUUGUACCAUCUAAAGCUGAGAAGAUGCGGAAAGUUGUGCAUGGAAAAAAGACUUUGAGAGAUUAUUGCAUUGCUUGUGGUGAUGAUGAUGUCAUUACAGAACAUCCAUUAUUUGAAGGUGAAGUAUGUGAUGAAUGUCGGCAAAGUAUUUUGGAGACUGCAUUUCUCUAUGAUGAUGAUGGCUACCAGUCAUUCUGUUGCAUUUGCGGUGAAGGAAGAGAACUUGUGUUAUGUAGUAAUGAUGGUUGUUUUCAUUGUUACUGCUUGGACUGUUUGGAUUGUUUAGUUGGAAGAGGUGCCACAAGAAAGGUACGACACAAUGUUGAUAAUGGCUUAUUGAAAUGUAGAAAGGAUUGGAGUCAAAGACUGCAUCAGUUCUUCAGUUCUGAUGACAACAACAGUGAACAGUUUGAGAGUUUUCCAGUUUAUUGUCCAUUGCCGAUAGAAGAGAGAAAACCAAUGAGAGUCUUAUCAUUAUUUGAUGGCAUUGCUACAGGUGGGACAGGCUGUUUGUUCUUUGAUUUUUAUCGUGUGAUGAGAGAUUUGCAAGUUGAAAAUGCAAAUAGGCCGUUAUUCUGGAUGUUUGAGAAUGUAGCCUCCAUGAGAUACGAAGAUAAGAUUGAUAUAUCUAGAUUUUUGAAG